UCAGUCGCAGGCCAGCUUUUGUGGCAUCCAGACAAGCCCCAACCCAGAGUGGGCUCCAAGCUGCGGGUUCAGCCCAACCAUUAGCGCAAGUAAACAAUGCCCAACCCCAGCCCAGUGGCAUAGUGCGAAUCGUACAAGGUUCCAGACCCCCAGAGGUUCCCGAUUCCGUUUAAUCGGCCGCCAGAGGCCUGAGUGUUAGAGUACACAGGAAACACAACUACCGAGGGGGAUUCACGUGCUAGGAUUUACUGGGUUCCCAGUUUGCCCUUAACAUUAUGGAAAAGUCGUUUCCCAUAACGCCCUGGAAGUACGGCCUGCUGGCCACUUGCAUUCUAAUUGUGACGUGCAACGUGUUCUUCUUUUCCUGCGGCGUGGUAACCUGGGGCUCAGCCGUCUCCACCUACGGCAGCUAUGGGUCGGCUAUUUGCGGAGUGGCCGUCUUCGGAGCCGCCUUUCUGGGCAUGUACGUGGCGUUGAAGGAGUCCUACAAGUAUUCCAUAUACUACUUGAUUUGCAGUGGCCUGGUAAUUGCCGCGCUGGGCUCCUACCUUUUCGCCUUCACGGCAAUGCGGGAGCAGCUGAUGGGCAGGUUCGCGGAGCGCAUGCGCGACCUGUUUGACCAGAAGACGCACAGCGACGACAGGAUGCAGCCGGUGCACAGUCUCUUCGGCUGCUGCGGACUGGAGGGGCCGCAGGACUACCUCCAGGAGGAGCACGGCGCCCUGCCCAGCAGCUGCUGCUACGCCUUCGACUGCUCCAAGCCGGAGCACGUCUACGAGGAGGGUUGCGCCACCAAGGCCGCCGGAAGUCUGAGGAUGCAGGCGGACCUUAACUACUACAGCUGCAUGGCAAUCAUUUUGCUUGAGUUCAUGGGCUUGUUCACUGCUUACCAUUUGGGCAAGGCCCGCAAGCAUGCCAAAACCAAGAUAAAGGACGAGGAAACCCCCAUCAACGACUGAUGGCCGAAGACAGCCCAGCAUUAUUAUUGAUAAUAAAAGUUAACCAAAUUAGCUUAUUCGCCAUUAGAAAAUAAAUACUUUCCAUAGCCUAAACGAG